AUGGGAACGUUUCAGAGUUGGAGAAGAGCCUACGGUGCUCUCAAGGAUUCCACCAAGGUUGGCUUAGCCAAGGUCAAUAGCGAAUACAAGGAAUUGGAUAUUGCAAUUGUAAAAGCUACCAGUCACGUAGAAUAUCCUCCCAAGGAACGUCAUGUUCGAAAAAUAUUCUAUGCCACAGCAGCACAUCAACCACGGGCAGAUGUGGCAUACUGCAUACACACACUCGCCAAGAGACUUUCCAAGACAAGAAAUUGGAUAGUUGCCAUAAAGACAUUGAUAGUUAUUCAUAGGAUUUUGAGAGAGGGUGAUCCUACUUUCAAAGAAGACCUUGUCAACUAUUCAAGAAGGGGACACAUUCUCCAAAUAUCCAAUUUCAAAGAUGACUCAAGCACCCUAGCUUGGGACUGUUCUGCAUGGGUUAGAACCUAUGCACUGUUUUUAGAAGAAAGGCUUGAAUGUUAUAGAGUCCUUAAGUAUGACAUAGAGUCAGAUCGUUUAAAAAAACCGACACAAGGGCAGGGUUUAGCUAAGGUACAAAGCAGAACACGGUCAUUGCCUACUGAAGAUCUAUUGGAGCAACUGCCUGCACUGCAGCAACUUCUAUACCGCCUUAUUAAUUGUCGGCCUGAUGGAGGAGCUUACAGCAAUUACCUAGUGCAAUAUGCUUUGGCCCUGGUAUUGAAAGAGAGCUUCAAAAUAUAUUGUGCAGUCAAUGAUGGAAUCAUCAAUCUUGUGGAUGUGUUCUUUGAUAUGCAAAAACAUGAUGCCAGGAAGGCUUUGCUUAUUUACAAGAGAGCUGGCCAUCAGUGCGAUCAACUUGCUAAUUUCUAUGAAUACUGCAAGGGCUUGGAUCUUGCUAGGAACUUCCAAUUCCCAACUCUGAGACAGCCACCUUCCACUUUUCUCGGUACAAUGGAAGAGUACAUCAAGGAAGCACCAGAGGCAGGCAUGCCUAGAAAGAACCCGGAAAAGGAGGAAUCAUCCAUAGAAGAAGAACCAGAAACCGAAGAGCACGAAGAGGACGAAGAGCCUCAAGAAAAUGAGAAACAAGAAGAAGAAAUCCAGGAAGAACCUGAACCACAACCCGAGGAACUAGAGAAGGCCGAACCUGCUCCUCUGAUAUCAACUGGUGAUGAUUUGCUGGGUCUACAUGAAAUAAAUCCAAAAGCUAGAGAACUAGAGGAGACCAAUGCUUUGGCACUUGCAAUUGUACAACCUGGUGGAAACAACAUUCCGAGGGAUCUUGCAUUGAGUAACAUUGGUGGGACUACAGGUUGGGAACUUGCACUGGUUACGGCACCAAGUAACCAUACCAACCAAGCAAUAGACCGAAAAAUGGCUGGUGGAUUUGAUAGGCUACUACUAGAAAGCUUGUAUGAAGAUGAAAACUCCAGAAGACAACUUCAGCUCCAAAAUGCAGGUUAUGGAUACGGAGGAACAGCUGUUCAUAAUCCAUUUGAUCAAUAUAAUAGUAAUCAGUAUGAUCCAUUUGCAGUGUCCAACAACAUAGCACCUCCAACCAAUGUGCAAUUGUCAUUGAUGGCUCAGCAACAUCAACAGCAGCAAAUGAUGUUCCAACAGCAACAAAUGAUGUAUCCACAACAACAACAACAACAGCAACAACAAAUGAUGUACCAUCAAAAUAACAUGAUGAUGGUCCCAUAUCAGUCUCAAUACCCUCAACAGAUGCAAUUUGUGGACUCUUCUAAUCCAUUUGGAGAUCCCUUACCAGUUCCCACCUAUCAACACACUUCCAUGCAAGGAAAUUACAAUUUGUUGUAG